CUUUUGUAGCGAGGUGCCUCGUUGUGGUGAAGCGUCUAGAUACGAAGAAUCUGCUAGCAGACAGCCUGUUGAAUAUAGUUAGCGUGCUCAUUUUGCUUUAUCGUUUUAGGAUAAAGGGGACAGAUAAUUUGAAGCAGAUGCCAGUGACAAGUAAACUUUUCUAAUGCUAUAUUUGACUGAAAGAAUGCUCGGUAAACGAGUCAAGCUGUUUGCCUAGACUAAAACAAUAACUUAGCCAGUGAAGAAAGGGUCAAAAACCCAUUUUCCACUAAACUAUGUUAAAAUUCAGCUUCAGGAGGGAGAAAGACAAGGAGUUUAAGCAUAUAGCUCAUGGUUUGAUCCCUGCUGCCUCCAUUGCUCCCAAGCCUGCUGUGCCUCGUACCCCGCCCCCACGCAGCCCAAACCCCUCACCUGAGAGACCCAGAUCGGCCCUAGCAGCAGCCAUCUUGUCUUCUUCGCUCACUGGACAGACAUGGGCCAUCCCCCCUGCCUGGCCGAGGUCUUUCUCUGAGAGUGGCCAAUCAGAGUCCUUCAUAUCUGAACCAAACAUCAGCAGAGCACUUUACACCAGAGACAGAUGGUCAGAAGACUUGGCUAGCCGGCCACGCCUGUCCUCCCCUGACCACUCAGAGGAGGAGUUGGAAGACAAGGAAAAGGAGGUGGAGAAUGAAGAGGACAGGGAAGAACAUGUUUACCAGACUCUGGACAGACAGGAGAAUUGUUCAAUCACAGAACCUGUCUAUGCCCUGCCGCUAAAACCUAAGACCAGUACACCCCAGCCGACUCAGAUGGCUGGCAGAAGAGUGCCUUCUCCAGGUACUGACUUCACACCAAUGGGAGAUGGGUGGACACUGGUAUUGGCAGAUUUCACUGAGGAAACCAAUGUCAAGUAUCCUGAAGCCAGCUGUGAUGCUUCCAAGAAGAAAGCCUCUUUCACAAAGAGCCCUGGAAGACGAAGAGGAGAUGUGCCAUGUAGGUCCGCUCUACCCAUCCAAACCACCGACCAUCCCAGCCAACCCAGCCAAGCCAAAAACCCAAAACACCCCCACCAGCUGUCUCCAGAGCCCAGCAAGGUGUACAGUGAAGUGCAGAGCGAGGUGCAGAGUGAGGUAGUGCAGGCCCUGCCAGAGAAGAACACAAGGAUGGUAGAUGAACAAAAGCUACUGGAGGAGAGACUGCAACGGCUGGAACAGGAGAUCAGUCACAGCCAAGCCUCCUCAAACCUGAGGUCAUCUGCAGGCAGCCAGGCAGAGCUACAGAAUUUGAGGCAACAUGCUCAGGAGCUGGUGGAUGAAAAUGACGCCCUCAAAUGUACAGUUCACCGUCUGAAUGUGGAGCUAAGCCGCUAUCAAACCCGCUUCAGACCAUUGUCCAAACAGGAGCUGGACAUGAAGUAUUUAUCUCCUCUGCUGCUGGCCUAUGAAGACAGGAUGAAUGAGAAAGAUGCACUUCUGCAAACCACUGAGGAAGAGGUGAAGAGGUUGCAUGUUCAUGUAGAGGAGGUCAUCAAAGAAAAUGAGAGACUCCAUGAUGAAAUUGCAAAGAUCGGAGGGGUCAGCCAGAAGGACUGUCAUCAACUACAACAACAGGCCUUCCUGGUUUUGCAGGAGAACCAGGUUCUGAUUGAUCAGCUCAAGGCUCAGCAUGUUAAGGCCAAGGCCAGCCACAGCAGACACCAUUCUGAAGUUUCCAAGGUGACUAAGCAGCUGAUGUUGUUAGAGGUGGAAAAGCAGCGUUUGCAGGAGGACCUGGAAGAGAGCAGGAGGGAGGUGCAGAAAAAUAUGAGAGAGGUACAAAUUCUGCAGGCCCGCCUGAAGGAUGCCAUCACCUGGGACGAACACUGCAGCAUUGCUGGGAAACUCAGAGGGCAAUUGGAGCAGCAGGAGAGUAGGAAUAAGAGUGAGAUGGACAAGUUGCUUUUCAGAUUGUCCAGCCUGCAGGAGGAGAAUAGGAGUCUGGCUUUGGACAAAGCCAACCUGACUGCUGAUAUAAAGAGAGUGGAGGCUGAGCUGGAGCUCACCAAACAAGGCAACAGGAAGGCUGAGAGGAGGAUGAGUGUAUUGAAGCGACAGAAGGAAGAGUGUGUGUUGAAAGAGGAAAAGACUCGGCAUUACAUGGGAGCUGUCAUUUCUGUGGCGGAGCACAUUUCACAGGAGAGAGACCAACUAUUACAGAUGGCUUCUGUUCUUCAUCAGGAAAAGCAGGCAUUCAUCAGCAGGAUUCUGAAUGGCACAGUUCGCUUCGGGAAACUACAGGAAGAAGUCAAAGUGUACCGGAGGCAGACGUCAACCAGACUGGCAGUGUUGGAGGAGGCAGCGGAGGGGAAGACAGCUUCUUACCAGAGGGAGAUCCUUCACCUGCAGAGGCUGCUAAGAGAAAGACAGGAGGCUGAGGAGAGACUACUGCAGUCCAAACGGGAAGUAGAGGAAGAGUUGGAGGUGGUGUGGCAGGCAGCAACCAGGGAGAACCAGCAGAUGAGGGAGACUCUUUUGGACUCAAAGCUCACUGCAAACCUCCACGGUGGGGCCGUUUCCCACAGUGCCUCUCCUGGCUGGCCUUCUCAGGCUCCAGAUGAGGCCACUACAUCCACCCUGCAUCCACCACACAGCUCCGGGCCUCUCCUCUUCACCUCUCAUCAAAGCCCUGGGCUCCAGAGAAGGUCCAUAUUUAAAUCUGACUCAGAUCACCAAAACAACUCCUUGGAUGAGAAGCAUAAGCAUGGGCUGGAUUUCUAUUGCUAAACCUCUUGGAGCCAUAAUCCGUCGUUGUGUUGACUCAUACUGGCAAGACAGACAGGGUAGAUAACUGUAGAUUAGUUACAGUCCUUAACAUGUCACAGAUAAAACCUUAAACUUGCACCAUCCUCUGUAACAAAAUCAGAACUGUAUUUAACUUUGUAUUGUAAUCUCAUCUCUCUGGUGGAGGCCAGUGUGCACAGUGAAGGGAAGGCAAUAGUAAUCUGGGUAAAUUCACUUCACACUUAUUUGUCCUGGAAGGAAAACUUGUGUUGGACACACGGAUUGCAGUAAUACAUAUAAAAAACACAAAGAAAUUCAUAAUAAAGCAUAAGAAAUCAAUUAAUAGCACAACUUAGUUUUGACAGUGUGGCCAAAUAGCUGACAUCGGUCUGCAGUCAGAAAGACUUCCGUUUUAUACACAAAGAUUUUUGUAAUCUUUUAAAAAUCUGUUUGUCUUUUAAAAUUAGUCUCAGGGUUUUAUAGACCAUGCCAAGUAAAGGUAACAAGUACAAGUAUACCCAAUAGUGGAGAAGGUUGCAUUACUUAGCUUGAUUAAGGCUAUUGUGUCAUAAAGAACAUAGCCAAUGUUGCCACCUGCUGGACACAUAUGGUAAUAGUAUUAUCAUUGUCAGUAGAAACAUUACAUGGUACAGAACAGGCAGUGAACAUUGAGUGAUUUAUCUGGAGGAAUUGUCUUGUUUUACAGAAUAAAAGAGUAAAAAUGUGCAAUAAGGUAAAAUACGUGUUUAUAAACAAAGAAACGCACAGAAUGUUUAUACAUGCUUUACUCUAUUUUCAUAUUAUUAUUACCUUUUGUUAACUAUAAGAUUAUAUUUUGGGACAUGGGUGAUUUAGCUGAUCUUGUUAAUCUGCUUUAGACAGUGGUGUAGUGACUAUCUGGCUACUGUGUAAAUAAUAAAGCAGAUUUUUCCUUCGGCAA